AUGCCAUCACCAGCCAUCGAGUCGGACGUAGCACAUGCUAUGCUGCAGUGGUUUGAGACCUCUUUGCAAUGUCAGAAGAAGAUCCCUAUCUCCGAGUGGACUGUACUAGCUGGCAUUGUAUUGCAAACGCUUUCUCCUCCCUCUUCCGCUCCACAACCAGUGUCUACCAAUACAUUUCGGGUCUUGACAGCUGCUACAGGUAACAAAUGUCUUGGACGACGCGAUCUGAACGCCGACGGCUUCGUAGUCAACGAUUGCCACGCUGAAGUGUUGGCAAGACGUGCGUUGCUUCGCUAUUUGUACAUUGAAGCGCUGUUAUGGAAGGAAAACAAGCCGGAAUCAAACGAGCAGUCGAUCUUCGAGUACCACUCGACAUCGCGUCGACUGGUGCUCAAGCCACAGCAUUCGCUGCAUCUCUUUAUCAGUGAAGCGCCUUGUGGAGAUGCAGCCAUCUACGAAUUACGCCAAGAAGUCGUCAAUCAGUUGGUGCAACAACGAAGAGCGGGGUGUAACAGCACAGACGACGAGACUGAAAACCACGUACCGUCUCGGAGUGAACUGCGAGUCACAGGAGCCAAAAGACCGAGACACCGAGACACCUUGCUGCCCGACAACCGGUUCACACAAACAGUUGGCGUUGCACGUGUGAAAUCGGGUCGGUCAGAUCUACCUCUAGACAAGCAGACACUGUCCAUGAGCUGCUCCGACAAACUGGCCAAGUGGAAUGCGCUAGGACUGCAAGGCUCUCUCUUACUGCAAUGGUUUGAGCCGAUCUUUUUGAGCUCUGUCUGUGUAAGCAGAGAUGAUAAAGCAAUGUCAGUGGCAAAGCAAGAACGGGCCCUCCGACGCGCAGUGUGCACUCGGCUUGAAGAACGUGGUGCACUGAUAAAGGGAGCGCGGCUAUCUUCCUGUAAAGUGCAUGUUGUCUCCGAUGUUCGCCCGUUCAGUCGCCGACGAACGUUCAACCGAACUCCAUCAAGUCUAGCGAUGGUUUGGACGACCCAAGAGUCUUUUUGGACCCGAGGCAAGAAGCAAAAGCCGACGCCCGAAUCAAUGGAUGAAGCCGAACUUACAAGGAAGUUCUUUCACAAUUUUGAGAUCGAGUGUCUGAUGGCCGCAACUGGGUUCAAGCAGGGCGCCAAGAAGGCUUCGAAAAUGGAUCAGGCUGCCAUGGAAAGAGUAGCUUCACGUCUGUCAAAACGCAACUUGCUCCGUGCAUUUCAUCACGUUCUUGGCCAGAAGUUGCUCGCAAACACCGAGUAUCUUCAACUCAAGCAAAACAUUCCUUUGGACGUACCAUUGCUCACAGCGCCCUCUACGCUUUUGGUACCGACAGCCGUCAUCGCCUCUAACGAUCGACAAAAGCAGUUCUUUGUGGCGUUUAGUGAUUGGAUUGGAGUCCCUACUAUAUAUAAGCAGUUCAAAUUGUAA